AUGGCCGGCGAGAGCAGCACCAGGCGCCCCCUCUUCGGCGGCGCCAUCUCCACCGCCUUCCCCGCCCGGUUCCAGGAUGUGAGCAACAUUCGCGAGGUCCCCGACCACCAGGAAGUUUUCGUCGAUCCCGCCCGUGAAGAGAGCCUCAUCUUCGAGCUGCUCGACCUCAAGGGCGAGGUGGAGGAUGGCGGCAGCGCGCUCUGGUUCCUGCGCGACGUCGCCAACGAGCAAGAUGCGGGGGAUAACUUGGUGGUCGAGCACUCUGGGACAGUUGAGCUAGCUGGUCUGCGCUCCGGGGAAGCACCUGCAGUGGCUGGAACUGCAAUUGGCAAGCUGGCUGUUUCAAAAGGGAGGCAGGGCAGAGAAGCACAGAACAUUGUUCGGCUUUACUUGGCAAACAUACGUCUCAAGAAUGCAGCAACUGAUCUAGUUAUCACUGCAUAUGAGCCGCUCUUGAUAAAUCCUUUGAGUGAAAGUGCCCAGGCAGUUGCAGCUGGACCAGCAGUACCCGCAGAACAAGCAGGAUGCUUGCCAAUGUCGGAGGUCUUCAGACUUGCAGUGAUGAACUUCGAUGUCCAUGAUUGGAACCUUUUCAAUGGCAGCGGUUGAAGCAGAGAGGGUAACACCUCAGUGCUAGAGUGAUUCUUAGGCCCUGUUCGGAACUUGCCCGCUCCGUGGAGUUGGGGAGCUGGGUUUUGGCAGCUCCAUAAAAUUAAGCUAAAGUCUGGUCCACUCCCGGAGCGGAGUUAAAUGAGCCGAGAGAAACCGAACGCAGCCUUAAAAAGGUGUUCUGCAAGAGAGUGUUUGGGGAAUGUACUUUCCUUAGCAAAAACUACUCUCUGAAUUUUCCUUUAGAGUAGUGUUUCUUUUCCUGAAAGUGCCAUCACUUAGUGUAUUUAGUGUCAUCCGAAGAACCCUGGUUGAAGUUCAAUAUAUCAUGUUAGCUUGUACUAGAAUUUACUUGAAUGGUUCUUAGUACUUGCUAUUUCAUCGAUAAAGACUGCAUAUGUCUCAUCAUGGGGCAUUGAGUAGAGAGAGCUCAACUCUGAAUUCUAAAUAUCUUGAUUCUAUUAAGUUAGACACGGGCCAUUUGGGUAUAGAGAUUCGAGAUGUUUUGAUC